GCAAAUAAAAGGCAAGAAUCUGUCGGCAGUGUUGAAAGAGACGCAGUUAGGAGUCUUGCCAUCUUCACUCGGUUUCCUUUUCAAGAGGUAGAAUCUAUCGAACAAAAAAUAUACUUUUAUUGGCCGCCAGCACUACAUCAAAAUCAAUACUAGGCCUAGGGCGUCUCCUUGGAGGUCGUUUCGGCGGCUUGUGAUUCGCAAUGACGCACUACAGCACGAAUUUUGUCUCUCGCCCCACAGCCAAGCUAUUGCCCCUCGUCUUCUUCUUCACUUCUCUCACCGAGGAACAUCAAGUGGCUGCUCGAACCCAGACGUCCAACCAGAACAAGCAGGAGAAUGCGAAGAAGCAACAGCAAACCCUGGGGUUCAACCCGGGAAGCCAGCAAGCGGCGCAGGUGCUGGACGCGAAUCAGGGCAGUGGGGCCAGUGGAAGUGCAAAUCCACCGCUUGCGUCGCCUUCGGUGUCGGUGUCGCAGUCCGACGCACCAUCUUCGGGUGCUGCCGCAGCCGCGCAGGUGCAGCAGAAGGAGGACGGAAAAAACAGCGAAAGCGCUUCUGGCAGUGAAGGAGCAGCACAAACAAGUUCUACUUCGUCGGCAAAAGCAAUAGACAGUGAUGGCGGCUCUUCCACCGCGAGCCCCGGGAACAAAGAAGCGGCAGGAGAAGUAGAGAACAAGGUGGGGGACAAGAAUUCAGCUGCAGAUUCGUCCUCUAAAACCGAUGCUGACAAGAAGAAGAAGGAGGAGCCAACCGAGCCCAACACGUUCUGGAAGGAGCUGCACCAGGAGCGGGUGCUGCUGAUUCUCCUACCCAUCGCGAUUUUCCUUGCGGUCGUCUUCGAGCGCGCGCACCGGAAGUGGCUGCGCGUCAACUUCUCCCUGGAGCUCGACCGCCCCCACGUGUCCGUCGACAACAGUCUGUCGGGACUGACGCACAACCUGUUCCAGACUGCGGUGUCUCUUUCCGGGAUCUAUUUCAAGCACCCGGCGGGGAAGAUCAAGGGCUUGUCCUACAUUCUCAUGCUGGUCUGCCACAAUUGCUUCGGCAAAUACAUCGACGUGCAGUUUUUCUCGUUCACGGCAAGGUUUUGGGACUUCUACCAGCACCCCUCGCUGGAAGUGUUUCAAGCACUCAUCCUCAACUGGCUCAUGCUACACACGGCCGCGGUCUUGACCUGUAUAGAAGUAGCAGCGUUUUUGAUGUUUUUUCAGAACUUUAUUCGGUCAAGUGAUCUCCUGUGUGUUGGAUUAAUAGGAUUUGCGGUUUUUCUUUUGGAUCGAUAUGGUGUGCAUGAUAUCAGGAGCACGCUCCUGGAGUCUCGUUACGUCCAUUGUUGAGGUUCUUUAUUACGUCGAAUAAAAAUCAACACAGCCGUCUACUCGGUGUACAUCGAGAAGAUGUUGAAGCUGCACUGGCGGGAGCACAUGACGGUGUAUUUCGAGAAGAUUUGGCUGCCCCGCAACUACGAGUUCUCGCUCCGGGACGACAAAGACAUGGACAACCCCGACCAGCGGAUCCAGGACGACAUCAACGAUUUCGUGGAGUCCAGCUACGGGCUGUCGCUCGGCCUCUUCAACGCCGUGUCCAACUUUUUCCUCUACAGCUACAUGCUGCUGCAGAUCGCGCCCACCAACUUCUUCGGCAUCUGCAACUUGCCGGGGUGGCCGAUCUUCUUGUCGCUGAUCUACGCGUCCGGAGGGUCGCUGCUGAUCCAGAUGAUCGGGAGCGAACUGACGAUCCAGGACUGGCAGCUGCAGCGCUACAACGGGAAUUUCCGGGCCGAGUUGCGGUGGAACUUCACCAUGAGCGCCCAGCUGGCCUCCAUGCACGCGGCGAAAGCGCAGAUGCGGCGGCUGCUGCAGCGCUUCGAGGAAAUCAAGAAGUUGUCGUGGGGCAAGAUCCGGCUGGAGCGGCAGCUGGACGUGUUCGAACACUUCUUCGGGUCCGUGGAGGCCAUCAUGUUCACCUGCAUGUUGCUCCCCUUCUUCAUCCGUGGCGAGGUUACUCUCGGAAACAUCAAGCAAUGCGAGUUUGGGCUGCACCGCGUGCGCGCCUGUUUCGACUUCUUCGUGCGGUCCUACGGCUCCUUGGCCCGGUACCGCGCCUGCUGCGACCGGUUGAGCUACUUCCAGAAGAAGUUGCUAGAAAACGCGGACUCCAGCAACUUCUCGACGGCCGAGGGCCUGAACACCGGGAGCUAUCGUACAAGAAAUUUGAUUCAUCGGCGAUUCGAAAUGGAAAUAAUUUUAAUUCCGAAGUAGUCCUUCAUGUGGUCAUGCUAAUGAGCAGAAGAAGUAGUAGAGGAAGAUCCCACGACCUGCUUAUCAUAAUCGGAUCAAAUUGUCGGUUCCGAUUUGUUGUUAGGUUAGCGGUGUGCAUCUAGCUGUUAGUGGAAUAAGUAUAAACACAAGCACUUUGCUCAUGCUCUUUUGUAUGCUUAAACUCGUCAUCGAAUUUUUUUUUGCGAUAGUCCUCCGGACCUGAGUCCGAAAGCGGCCAUACCAUUGUACGGCACGCAGGCCGAGCAACAGCAGAUCUCCCAGGAGCUCGCCCAGUUUGGCACGGACGAGUUGAACGACGACUGUGCUUUCCGCAGCGACUCCUGCUACUCCGAGUCCGAUACCACCGCCAGCUAUCGCGGUGGCAGCGCCACCUCCGAAGCGGACUUUGGAUCCAGCACGGGGCCGCCGAGCAGUGUGGUGUCCGAUGCGGAGGGUGGUGAAAACGGGUCCGGCGAAGGUCAACAAGCCCUCACCCCCUUGACGCGGAACCAGAUGUGUUUCCAGCACUUCCGCGAUCUGGCGACGAAACUGCGCACCGGGCGGGUGACCGUGUGCCUGCCCAGCGGCCAGGUCAUUUUGAAGCACGUCCGGUUCGCGCUGCCCUCGGGCACGCGCAUUUUGCUCUGCGGGCCUGAAGGCACGGGGAAGUCCACCUUUCUGCGCGUUCUGGCGGGCGUGUGGCCGUUCGUCAAGUACGAGGACGAGGUGUGCGAGCACCUCGGAACCGUGUUGCAGUCCGCGAACAUUCACCGGUGGGAGCAAAUUACCAACGCAGUGGACGACGACGACGCUGACCAGGAGCAGGACCACCAGCAACGCCUUUACAACCACCUUGACCAGCAGAACAACGGGAGCAAUAUUGCGGACGACAAGCUCGCCCUUCUUUCCGGCUACGACUUUGCAAACCGCGCGGGAACAUCAUCAUCUGGUGCAACGACCACUUUGCGGCAGCGCCGAGGUCCUCGUGCUCCUGGGAAUAGUAGUAGCAAGAGGAACAAAAAGCUGACGGACUUUCUGUUCGAGUACGAUCGGUCCGGGGGCGGGGGAUCGGGCAGCGUGCUCAGCAUCGGCGACGAUAUUGACGCGGACCACAUCGUGAACCACGGCACCACGACCGGGACAAACACCAAGAGGCUGGCGGCCUUGAACACGACUACUUCGAAGGCGAUCCGGUGUGGUAACUUCAAAUUUUUCCCCAAAUCGCUGGCUGAAGCAGAGUCCGAGGACGAGGAGGAGAACCACGAGCUGCACCAGCCCAGGAACAAGGAGCUGCCGUACCUGAUCCCGCAGCGGGGGCCCGGACUGCCGUACCCGAUGACGUUCCGGGAAGCCAUCUGCUUUCCGGAUCCGAAGGACACCUACUCGGACAACGAAAUUUACGAAGCUUUGGGGAAGGUGAAGCUCGACCUGAACGCGAAAAAGAUCCUCGACUACACGUCAACGCAGCUGCAGCAGCAGACAAACACGACCGCGGCAACUGCAGGUGCGCUCGGUGCGAGCGCCGACGACGCCGGCGGGGCGGGAACUACCCUGUCGAGACAUCAACCGCAGCAGCAAAAGCGUAUCGGGCUGGACACCGCGAUUGACGUCGCGCAGAUCCUCUCGGGCGGGGAGUUGCAGCGCCUCAUGAUUGCGCACUGCCUGCUCGCGAAGCCCCGGAUUCUGCUGCUCGACGAGGCGCUGGUGCACUUGAGCCAGGAAAACCAAAAAUUGAUGUACGAACUGCUCAACGACGAGCUGGUGGUCAAGCGCAAAACGGCCAUCGUGUCGGUCUCGCACGAGUGGCGCAGCCUCCUGAACGUCCACGACCGGUACUACAAAAUCGACCGGAACACGAAGCGCUUGCAUAUGAAAUCAGAGCAGCACGACUACUCGAGCCCACCAGCAGCGAACGACUGUCGGGGAGUUGCAUGAUAAUUAUUGUCGGACUGAAUCACACAUGAGGUGGUUUUGCAUUCGUGCCCUAGUAGGUAUGAUUGACAUUGAAAAAACGUAUUUUUAUUGCAUGCUGCCAGUACGUCAAGUAGAAGGGCGACGUUAUCGCUAUGGCAUGCUACGGACACGAAUAUGCCGAUGCAGUCGACGCUGCGUGUGGGAAAUGAAGUUUUUGAGCUGCAUACCGCUUCGGUUUGAUCCCUACAGCGAAGAAGCGUAACCGAGACGGGGCGGUCACGAUAGAAACAGCCCCAGCAAAACACCAUGAAAGCCGAAACGUAUGUCUAAGCAUUUUCCACAGUGAGCCUCUUGAUUUCGAAUGCAUUGCAAUUGGUAAGUGCACUUGAUGUUGGCUUAUCACUUGCACGACGCUUUCCGUUUUUCGUUUUCUGAGCCUAUUCAGCAAAUUGCGUCCUUGUCUUCUUGAAGGGACAAGCAAGACUGCAGUUGCUUUUCACGUAGCUCAACAACUUAUCCUCGCGUAGAAAAAAAUCGACAUUUCACCGUGUGAUACUCCACAAUUCUCAAUUUCUGUACAAAACAUUUUCGCCACGAAGGCGGACUAUUAUCUGUUGAUAGAUGUAUCAAAAGUUUCACUCCAGCCAGAUCGAUGCAUUGCUUCAUUUGGUAGAAGCAAGAAAUCUCUUCACAUGUACAAUCGAAGCAAUUAUAGCAGUCAAAAUAAACGACUUCAGAGAAAAAUUAGCAGCCACCUGCAUUGCG